UUGGCUCAUCAGCAGAUGAAGUGUGGAAUCAACGAAGAUGACCCGUUCUUGGAGGGUGAUUUACCUGAAGAGUACCAGAAAAUGAAGUUCACCCCAUCCUCCGCGGUUCAAUUUGUGAGUUUGGUUUUCGGUUUGGCUGCUUUAGCUUGUAACCUUGGAUUCCCCAAGUUCAUGAAAAACAAACUGUUUGAACUUGAAAUGUGGAAAUGGGAGUCCCUGGUUCUGGUCCUAAUCUCCGGCCAUUUGGUGUCCGGUUGGGCUAUUCGGGUUGUUCUCUUCUUUAUCGAGCGCAAUUUCCUGCUACGGAAAAGGGUUCUGUAUUUUGUCUAUGGGGUGAGAAAUGCUGUUCAGAACUGCAUUUGGAUGGGACUGGUAAUGAUUUCCUGGCACUUCAUGUUUGGUAAAACGGCCGAGAGAAUGAAUGACGGGGAUCAAGUAGUAUUUCCAUUUUUAGCCAGACUCUGGAUUUGUCUUCUGCUGGGGACAUUUAUUUGGCUAAUGAAAAAACUUGUCGUUAAGGCUCUUGCUUCUUCUUUCCAUGUGAGCAAGUUUUUUGAUCGGAUUCAGGAGUCGUUGUUCAAUCAGUACGUGAUUGAGACGCUCUCUGGACCUCCCCUGUUUCGUAUUCAACAUGGACAGGAGGAAGCAAAUGCAUUUCCUAUCAAUGGCAAAGCGAGACGAGGGAGUCCCAAAUUUCCUGGUGGUAUGUCACACAGGGAGGGUGAAGGUAUCAGUAUCGACCAUUUGCAGAGGAUGAGUCAGAAGAACGUAUCGGCUUGGAAUAUGAAGAGGUUGGUGAAAAUUGUUCGGAAAGGGUUGCUGUCAACUUUGAAAGCGAAAAUCAAUGUUUCACCACAGAUCACAAGUGAAGCCCAGGCAAGAGCUGCAGCCAAGAAGAUAUUCUUCAAUGUGGCCAAGCCAGGAUCUAAAUGCAUUUACAUGGAGGAUUUGCUACACUUUUUGAGAGAGGAUGUGGCUUCCAAGACAAUGACCUUAUUACAAGGAGCAAGUGAAUGCAAGGAAAUCAGCAAGCAAACUCUGAAGAACUGGGUGGUUUACGCUUUCAAAGAACAAAGGGCGCUCUCAUUGUCCCUCGAUGAUACAAAAUCAGCCGUGAACAAACUCCACCAGUUGUUGAACAUUGCUGUCGCGAUCCUUGUGUUUGUCAUCUCGCUUCUUAUACUUAGAAUUACAAGUACCCCUCUUCUUGUCUUUCUCGGCUCCCAGCUUCUGGCAGGGUAUCUAUUUGGGAACUCUUGGAAGACAGCAUUUGAGGCAAUUAUCUUCGUGUUUGUAACGCACCCAUUUGACGUGGGGGACCGUUGUGAGGUGGACGGAGUUCAGAUGGUGGUUGAAGAGAUGACUAUACUGACCACCGUUUUUCUGAGGUACGAUAACCAGAAGGUCGUGUAUCCAAACUGUCUUCUCGCUACUAAGCCCAUAAGCAAUUACUACCGUAGUCCAGAUAUGAGAGAUGCAGUUGAUUUCUGCAUCCACAUUGCGACUGCCAUGGAAAAGAUUGCCAUGAUGAAAGACAGAAUAACAAGGUAUGUUGAGACCAACAGCAACCAUUGGCACCCAGCUCCAGUGAUUGUACUGAGGGGAAUGGAGGACAUGAAUAGGCUGAAAUAUUCAGUGUGGCUUUCACACCAGAUGAAUCAUCAAGACAUGGAUAAAAGGUGGAUGAGGAGAACUCUUUUGGUUGAGGAGAUGAUCAAAAUAUUCCGGGAGCUUGAUAUUGAAUACCAGAUGUUGCCAGCCGUAACUUCAAUUUCCAAUUGGUAUUCCAAUUGGAAUACUACUUUUGCCAUGAGUGAAGUUCAUGUCUGAUGAGUCGGCAAAAGUAUUCCUAGUACCUAUUAGUAGUGUAAUCGCAGAAUAAAGCAAUAUCCGUAUUGCAUAGUUCUAGUAUUAUUUUGCAGAGACAUGGUGUCUCAUUAAUGUUGCAUGUCUAUGUGAACAUGCUUUGCAGUUUAAAGUUCGA